AUUACGAAAUUUCUAAAACCUUAAAGAAAAUCUAAACACCCAUGACAAUUUUUCGCCUUUCAUUGUGUUAAGUCUUCGAAAUGAGCUGCUGCAAUAAUCCCAAUACCCGCCUACUCAUGAGGCUUAUCGUGGACAUUCUAUUACUCUCCAGCGUUUUCACUGUGGCCCUGAUUAUUCUGCCUCAGCUUUUACGCACCCGACAUCGCGGCUUCUUUUGCGGUGACCAAUCCAUUGCGUAUCCCUUCAAGCAGGAAACUUUGCUAAAACGCAUUCAUGUGACGAUUUUGGUGAUUGCCGUACCUGCGGCCAUGGUCAUCAUCAUUGAAAUGUUGCGCGUUACCUUUCCAGCUCCGAAAUCUUCCACCUCAACGGCUAAGAUGGGACACGUGCCAAAGCCGCCACAGCGCUAUGUUUUUGUGGGUGUUCGCAUACCCACCUUUGUGAGUGAGUGCUAUAACCUGAUGGGCGUUUACCUGUUUGGCUUGGCAUUGGUGCUAAUCGCCACCAGCUGUACCAAACAUUUUGCCGGACGCCUAGCACCCUACUUCAUGGAUGUGUGCCAGCCUCUGUUGCCGGCAAAUGUGACCGCCUGCUCGGAUCCUGCACACUUUGGGCGGUUUAUUGAAUUCUAUACCUGCUCUUCGCUGACAGCUACACCACAAAUCCUAAACAGUAUGCGUCAAUCAUUUCCCAGUGCCCAUGCUGCCACUACUGCCUAUGCCAUGUUUUUUCUAGCCAUUUACAUGCAGGUUCGUCUCAAGACCGGUUGGAUUAAAUUGUGGCGGUGUUUGAUGCAAUUCGGCGCUAUUGUCAUUGCCCUUUUGGUCGCUUUGGAGCGUGUGGGCUCGUAUCGGCAUCAUUGGACUGAUGUGGCUAUGGGCAUUUUCAUUGGUGGCCUAAUGGCUUUCUUCAUGACCAUGUAUGUGUCGCCGCUCUUCAAACAGGUGCCCGUAAAAGUGCGGAGGGUACGAGAUGAUGCUUCAAAUAUUUAUGGAUACUAUACGAUUCCCUCGCUUAAUUAUAUGGUCAUAAUAUGUGAUUAUAUUGUCAUGCAAGAUGGUGUUAAUUCAUUGCCCAGUGGCACAUUAAAGUAA